CACUAGUACUUAAAGGUAGUUCAAGUUAAGCAGGCACCAUGCUUCCACCUUUUUCGACUGACUCCGGGCCUGCAAUGCUGGAGACUGGAGUUGGAUAUCAAGCUUGUCUUUCUCUAAUAAAGGCGAAAUGAACAAGUGACUUCAAUAAAGUGACAUCAUGAUUGUUUUUAAAUCUCAACUUAGAGGGUGUACCAGAAACAACUUCAGAAUCUGGGCUCAGUCAUCCCUACAGUCCUCUACUAAGACAGCCAGUGCAUCUGAUGGCGAGGGAACCGCCGAGCGGUCCAGUGCCGGCCGAGCGGCUGCCGACCCGCGCACGGGGCCCGGCCUGGAGGAGUUCCUCUCCGGGGAGGUGCCCGCCGGCAGCACGUGGAGCAGCUACUCGGGCCAGCUGCGGCGACAGCCCGGCGAGCGGGGCAGACUCCGGCUGCCGCCCUGGCUCAAAACGGAGAUACCUAUUGGGAAGAACUACACUAAGCUGAAAGAUACGCUGCGCGGCCUGAACCUGCACACCGUAUGUGAGGAGGCUAAGUGUCCGAAUAUCGGCGAGUGCUGGGGUGGCGGUGAGGACGCCACCGCUACCGCCACCAUCAUGGUGCUCGGUGACACUUGUACUCGCGGCUGUCGCUUCUGCUCUGUGAAAACGUCACGUGCACCGCCACCUCCGGACCCUCUGGAGCCGGAGAACACAGCGGCAGCGGUGGCCAGCUGGGGACUCGACUAUGUGGUACUCACCAGCGUGGAUCGAGACGACCUGCCCGACGGCGGUGCCGCCCACUUCGCCAAAACGGCCGCCGAAAUCAAACGCAGGAAUGCCGCCAUCUUGGUCGAGUGCCUAGCCGGCGACUUCCAGGGCGACCUGGACUGCGUGGCCACGGUGGUUCACUGCGGUCUGGACGUGUUCGCACACAACAUAGAGACGGUGGAGCGGCUGACACCGGCCGUCCGCGACCGGCGGGCCAAGUACAGGCAGUCACUGACUGUGUUGGAACACGCCAAGCGGCUCCGACCAGAGCUGGUCACCAAAUCGUCCAUCAUGCUCGGCCUCGGCGAAACAGACGACGAGAUCCGACAGACCAUGGAAGACCUGCGCGCCGCCGGCGUAGACUGUGUGACGCUCGGUCAGUACAUGCAGCCCACCAAGCGACACCUGAAGGUGGUCGAGUACGUGACCCCAGAGCGCUUCGACCACUGGCGAGAGGUCGGCGAGCGACUCGGCUUCCUUUACGUGGCGAGCGGACCGCUGGUUCGCAGCUCUUACAAAGCGGGAGAGUUCUUUAUCAAGAACGUCUUGAAGAAGCGACGCGCUGAAGUUGCGGGGGAUACCUCGGCGGCGUGAGCGGGAGGAAGCAGCCCGCCAACAGCCGACCCGACUGAGGACUCUGUGUGAGGGAUGUAUUGACUCUGCUAAUGUGGUGAUCGGUCGGCACUGCGGCUGGUGUGCCGCGUGAAACUUGUGACCCGUUAGCUGGUCAGGGAUGAUCUGGAAAUGGAUCGUCAAUGAAAUCGCGUUUAUUCACUAGUCGAGAGACUCAUGGUAAAUGAUAGCUGGGCGACUCCGAUUCUCGCGUUCGAUAAUGUGACAACCAGGAUCUGAGGAUGGUUCUUGCUCCUGGCAUUGAACUAACAGCAGGCCCAUGGCUAUUCACGGCUAUUCUAGCUAUGCACGGCUAUUCUGUCACAUUGCCGUGACAUGCCUGUGCGCUGUAUGCUAGACGGAUUCUUAGUCAUGGCAAUCAUGACACCUGGGAGUCCUUUAGAGCAGGGGUCGGCAAAUGGUGGGGCAUGCCCCCUUUGGGGGUAAUGGAGCCCUUUCGGUGGGGGUAAUGAGGGAUUCUGAGAAAAUCUAUCUUUUUAGAGUUAGUGGCUACUGGCUCCAUUGAUGGAACCAACCAUCGUGACUGUUGCAUCCCAGGGUUCAAAGAUUAGCCCAGGUCAAAGGCUCAGCACACAUUGAUUAGAUA